GUCCUCACGUAAUCAUGUUUAUUACUAUAUUUUUUAUUAUUGUGGCUUUUGGAGUCCUUGUUCUACUGCCCGUGGUCGCUAGCGGUGGAUUACUACUUGCAUUGAUUAUCGUUUGGCUGUGGCAACGUCAUCAUUUCCGGUACUGGCACCGUUUGGGCGUACCCUUCGUGCCGGCUACUCCAUUUGUGGGAAAUGUGUGGAACCUUUUGCGAGGAGCCUGCUGCUUUGGCGAUCAGUUCCGAGAGUUGUACGAGAGCAAGGAAGCUGCCGGCCGCGCCUUCGUGGGAAUUCAUGUGCUGCACAACCAUGCUCUACUUCUUCGGGAUCCGGCUCUGAUCAAGCGUAUAAUGGUUGAAGACUUCUCCCAGUUCUCAAGCCGUUUUGAGACCACAGACCCCAUUGGCGAUACAAUGGGGUCCCAGAAUCUAUUCUUUUCGAAAUAUGAAUUUUGGCGCGAGACGCAUAAAAUCUUUGCACCCUUCUUUGCUGUGGGAAGGGUGCGUCAAAUGUACGGUCUUCUGGAUAACAUUGGAAAGAAACUGGAGGAACAUAUGGAGGAGAAGCUAGAGGGGGGAGAUAGUAUGGAGCUGGAGGUCAAGCAAUUGUGUGCUCUGUUCACUACGGACAUCAUUGCAUCAUUGGCUUUCGGCAUAGAGGCACACAGUUUGCAGAAUCCAGAGGCGGAGUUUCGUCGUAUGUGCGUUGAGGUCAACGAUCCGAGGCCGAAGCGGCUGUUACAUCUCUUCACAAUGUUCUUUUUCCCACGAUUAUCGCGCCGGGUUCGCACUCAUCUUUACUCCGAAGAGUAUGAACGUUUUAUGCGCAAGUCCAUGGACUACAUUCUUGCCAAACGCGAGGAAAGUGGAGAAAAGCGGCAUGAUUUGAUUGACAUAUUUCUACAGUUAAAACGUACAGAGCCAGCGGAAAGCAUAAUCCAUCGGCCGGAUUUCUUUGUGGCCCAGGCUUCUUUUCUGCUUUUGGCAGGCUUCGAUACCUCGUCAUCCACCAUAACCUUUGCCUUGUACGAGCUGGCCAAAAAUCCAACGAUUCAGCGCAGAUUGCGAACGGAGAUUCGCGAUGUCCUACAUUCUAGCCAUGGUCCGCAUCUAAGCUGCGAGUCCGUCUGUGGAUUGGAGUACCUGCGGCAGGUGGUGGAUGAAAUUUUGAGACUGUAUCCGCCUACGGCAUUCUUAGACCGAUGCUGCAAUUCCCGCGAUGGCUAUGAUCUGUCAUCGUGGAACAAUGGAUCACCUUUCAAAUUGCAUGCAGGCACGCCUGUCUACAUAUCGGUAUUGGGACUCCAUCGAAAUCCUCAGUACUGGCCAAACCCCGAAGUCUUCGAUCCAGAACGAUUUUCAGCCGAGCAACGCCAACAGCAUCAUCCAAUGACUUAUUUACCUUUUGGAGCAGGUCCAAGGGGAUGCAUUGGUACGCUGCUGGGUCAGUUGGAGAUCAAAGUUGGACUGCUGCACAUUCUUAAAAACUUUCGGGUGGAGCUCUGCGAGAGGACCUUGCCGGAAAUGAGAUUCGAUCCCAAAGCCUUUGUUCUUACUGCCCAUAACGGAACCUACCUUCGUUUUGUUAAGGAUCCCCUUUGAAAUAAAUGUUUUUCAUAUUUUAAACUGUA